CCAUUAUUUUUUAAAAUAGAAAACUUGCUAUUUCCGUUUAUUUAAACUCAAAGGCGUUGCGUUCCUUUUUCACUUGUGAAAUGAAGGUGAAGCUUGAGUUGCUCAUUGGGAGUGGAAGACAGUGCUUGAGGCACUCAGCAUCAAUCUGUGAAUAUAAAGGGAAUUUUUGAAAGAUCCAGCCCUCAAUCUGGCUCUUAUCCACCUUGCUCUCUCUGUAAGCUUCCUAAGCCUCAAACUGGGGCCGUUUUUUGACAGUUAUCUAGAGCUUGUUCAACCAUAGUGAAGCUCGGUGCCAUGGAAACAAAGGUCAUUAGUGGAGUCGAGUUCUCAAGCCUCCCUAGUAGCUACAUCCGCCCUGAAUCCGAUAGACCGAGACUAUCUGAAGUUUCAGAGUGCAAUGAUGUUCCUGUCAUCGAUUUGGGUUGUAAAGAUCGUGGCUUGUUAGUGAAACAAAUCGGUGAUGCAUGUCGAGAAUACGGUUUCUUUCAGGUGAUCAAUCAUGGUGUAUCGAAAGAAUUAGUGGAUAGUAUGGUGAAGGUGGCUCAUGAAUUCUUCAGUUUAUCCGUGGAGGAGAAGAUGAAGUUGUACUCAGACGACCCUUCCAAGACUAUGCGACUCUCAACGAGUUUCAACGUGAGGAAGGAGACUGUUCACAAUUGGAGGGACUAUCUUCGGCUCCAUUGUUAUCCCUUGGAGAAAUAUGCGCCCGAAUGGCCUUCUAAUCCCUCUUCUUUCAAGGAUAUUGUAAGCGCGUACUGCAUAGAAGUUCGAGCCCUCGGGUUCAGACUGCAAGAAGCCAUAUCUGAGAGCCUAGGCUUGCAGAAAGACAUUCUAAAGGAUGUAUUGGGAGAACAAGGGCAACACAUGGCCAUCAACUAUUAUCCUGCUUGCCCCGCACCUGAUCUCACGUAUGGACUACCUGCACAUACGGAUCCAAACGCUCUCACCAUUCUGCUCCAAGAUCUGCAAGUGUCUGGCCUUCAAGUUCUUAAGGAUGGUAAAUGGUUAGCAAUAAAACCCCAGCCUGAUGCCUUCGUCAUUAAUCUUGGUGACCAAAUUCAGGCUUUAAGCAAUGGGAAGUAUAGAAGUGUUUGGCACCGAGCUGUUGUAAAUGCAAAUAGAGCUAGACUGUCAGUUGCUUCGUUCCUCUGCCCGUGUGAUUCAGCCAACAUAAGCGCUCCAAAGGAACUGACAACAGGAAAUGAUCAAGCUGUCUACACAGAUUUCACAUAUGCUGAGUAUUACAAGAAGUUCUGGAGCCGGAACCUGGACCAGGAGCACUGUUUGGAACUAUUCAAGAAUUAGUAUUGUGUUUUCCGAUUUGCAUCUCCUCUUCGAAUUCUCUCCCUUGAAAACUUGAUUUUAGCAGUAUUUUGCAUCCGUUGGCUCGUAGGUUUUUCCUGUUUGUGUCAAUGGCAUUCUAUUGUUUUAGCAUAAAGCAGAAGAGCUGCAGAUUUAGUCUCAUGUGUCUUAAAUAUUUCAAUGUUAGUGUGGCUAAGUGUAGUUUUAGUAUGAAUAAGUGUGGUGCCUUAUUGUGUAGCUAUUUUGUUCACUAUACAUACAUAUUGGCAAGGUCAAUAAAUUUAUAUUCCAGUAA